AGAUGAUGUGGGCCGCUGAUUUUGACGAAUCUUUGGCUUUUAAUCUGGAAGAGAAUUGCCUGGAACCAUUGGUCAUCCAGAUUCCCAGGGAAUCUGUUGCAGAAACAGAAGAAGAGAGAUUUGAGAAUGAUCAUGGUGGUUCAAAUGGUGGGUUACAAUCAAAGUAUGGAAAUGUGGAACGCUCCAUCUGGGACAACACUGGAGUGAAAUCAUCAUCAACGCAUCCCCUUUGUGGCUUGACAAAGCCAUUCUGGUCAAAGAAUGAUCGUUUGCAGAUCUGUACUGUGGUGUCAUCAACAAGGAAAGGUGAUGACGAACUACCUGUUUUUUGCGUAGCAGCAAUUCUUUUCAUGAACCGGCAGAAAAUCAUGAGAGACACCCAUUCAAUUGAUGAUCUAAUAAAGAUGUUUAAUGAUAAUUUACUCAAGAUCAGGGUCAAGAGAUGUGUGCGUACAGCCGUCAAACUCCGCAAGAAGUACUUCUACAAGGUUUCAAGCAUUUUAUGAUUUUCUUGUUUUGCCAUGCACAGUCGGUGUCUGUAUGUUUUUUUAAUAUUGUUAUGUUGGUUUUUUCCUGUUAUUAUAUAACCCGCUUUAGACAAGUGGUGGAGAUUCCAACUGGUCAUGGUUGUAGAAAAGAGUGGUGGUGCCAUGCAUCAGCUUUAUCUUCCUGUUCAGAACAUGAUUGUAAAAAUUCUUGGACUUCAG